AUGGCCUCUUUUCAUCCUCUAAAUCCAGAAAAUCAAGAAAUCAACACCAGCCUUCUUCGAUUUGGGGAAGCGCAGGUGAACCAGCAGGCAGAGGUUAAAGAAAAAUCCCCAGAUCAAGCGCCGGGAAGACAAAUCGAGUGGUGGAUCUUCUCCUAUUGCUCUGCAGCUCAGAGAAAGACAGAUCGAGCGGCUGAUCUUCUUCGGUUGUUAUCCAAGGUGGCGAGCGAUUCCUGGAGAUUGAAGGCGGUGGCGAUUGCUUGCGGCUACUCGACGAAGAGGAGAUCUCGAUGGCGGAAGGGGAAGCACCGGAGAGGAGGGGAGAGGGCAGGGGAAGCAUCAGAGAUGACGAGAGGGUUGCUGGGUUUGUUCGUAGUAGAGGAGAAGAGGGUUUCUGGGUUUGUGUUUGUUCAUUGGAGAAGAGAGAGGGCGGGGGAGGGGGAGAGAUGA